AUGCCCGAACAAGAGACUCCAUACGAGAGAUUUGCUCCCGAUUUCGAAGCUUUCGUCGAAUCCACUAUCAAAGAAUCCAACACAGCAGGCAUUGCGAUCCUCAUGCUUCACCAAGAUCGUACCUGGGCACAAGGUUUCGGCUUUGCAGAUGUGGACAAGAAAAUCCUUGUGACGCCGCAGACCUUGUUCUUCGCCGGAUCGACUACGAAAUCGUUUACAUCUGCUAUGGCAGCAGCUCUGGUCGAAUCGAGUGAACACUCCGGCGUGGACUGGAAUACUCCGCUCGCUGAUCUGAUCGCCGAGGACUUCGUACUCGAUCAGAACUCGCCAGAAGGUAGAUAUGCAACUGAUCAUGUCACCCUCGAAGACGCUCUAUCGCAUCGAACCGGCAUGCCCAGACAUGAUCUGAUAUGGAUGAACGGUGACGUGUCGGACCGGGAGAUCGUGCGGUCAUUGAGACAUGUUCCCAUAGCAAGAGAUCUACGUGCGAAGUGGGAGUACUGCAACAACAUGUACACGGCGGUUGCUCACAGCAUCUCCAAGACACUGGCUACACCUUUCAAGGUGCUGCUAAAGGAGUAUAUUUUCGAGCCACUAGGUAUGAAAUACACAACUUACGAUCUCUCUGAUGCUCAGGAUCUUGCCAGCAAGGAUUCAAAGAUCGAAUUAGCACAAGGCUAUCUCUGGGAUUCUCAAUCGAAACAGCACACCUUAGUGGGUUGGGAAGCCAUGCCAGCGGCGAAUGGAGCUGGUGGCAUCAUUUCUAACGUUCUCGACUAUGGCAUUUGGCUACGGCAUCUCUUGAAGCCAACCAAUCUGAACGCUGCGCUGAGCGAAAAGGCCGUGAACGCGAUGAGUACCCCGAGAAUGUUGCUGGAAGCUGACAAGAGUAUGCCGUAUGUUGGACCUCAAGCGUAUGGUCUCGGGCUGUUCUCGCAAGUCUAUCGAGGGCGCGAAAUCUUACAGCACUCUGGCGCAAUAUUCGGCUACAUGGCGAGUAUGCUCAUAGUCCCACCUACGAAAGCUGAAGUUCAAAGUGGCAAUACGAAUGGUGGGUGGGCGAUUGUUAUCAUGCAGAACUCUUACAGCCUAGCAAGCCAGAUCAUUGCCUGGAACUUGCUUGACACAUUACUCGAGACUCCUGGUCCGGAGCGAUUCGAUAUGGCGACAGUAGCGAGGAUCGGUCAGGCCAAGAUGGAAGAGGAGAUGCAGCCAGCGAACGUUCUGCAACGCUUGUUCGGGAAGACGGACUUGACUUCGGAUGCACAGCGUGUACUCGAGCCUCAAAGCUAUGCAGGCAUGUACGAGCAUACAGCUUAUCACGGCGUGGAAGUUUCGACUACACCGCCUCCUAUAGCUGGAGAUAUCGGUGUCGAUGACGCGACAAAGCUCUACCUAUCGCCAUCAGGUCCGAGCAUGUCAUGCGCGUUUUGGGCCAGUCUGCACCAUGUGUCUGGAAACUGGUGGUGGGCACAUCGUAGAUUUGGCCGGCCCAGCAGCUGGAUUACAGAUGGAGCGCUGAAGGUACAGUUUGUGGUCAAUUCUGACGGACUUGUAGAGGGCAUGAACUUUCAAGCAGAGCCUUCCAUGCCAAAUGAAGAGCUUGCAUUCUUCAAGAAGCUCGAAUGA